GGAAAAUUAUAUUCUAAAACAGUAAAAAAAUUUUUUCUUAAUUAUGGAUAUUUGGAGAAAGAUAUUUAUUUCUCUCCUUUUCGUUGCUUUAAUUUCAUUGAAUUUAGCGAAAAAUUUAUAUGAAAAUUACGAACUAUCUGCUAAUAAAAUACGUUGCAAUGAUGAGGGAAAUAUAAAAUUUCUCGAAAAUUUGAAAAAUGUUGAAAAAUUUAAAUCACCUGUUGAAAAAGUACUGAUAGUAUUAACAGAUACAGAAAAUAUUUAUCCACCAUUAAAAAAUGAACUUUCUAUGAAGAAUGCAAUUUUCCUUCCUUUGCAUGAGACAUUUAAAACUAAUAUUACGGACAUUUAUAAGAAUGUUUUAUUUCUAGAAUCAGCUGUAUAUGUAAAAUUCAUUAUUCACUCUGAUAAUAUUGAAAAAGCUACUAAAAUUUUCCAAGAAUUUGUCAGUAUUUUUAAGGAUAUUUCAGAUAUUUACAAUAGCGUUGGUAUUGCAUUGACACUAAAUACUGAUGUACAAAAAGUAAAUAUUGUCGCAAAAUUAAACAACGCUGUUGAAAAACUAAACAGACCGGAGCUUAUCGAAUUUGUUGGUCGUUACUUAAAUGAGAAUGGACCACCAAUUGCUAUUUUUAAUAAACAAUCAUCAAAUAAUCUAAACGUUGCUACCUUUAUUCAAAAUAUUUUUUAUUCCAGCAGAAAUGAGGAUUCUAGUAAUUUUCAAUUUAAUCUUGAUAUGCAUUUUCAAAUAAUAAUAAAUUGCGCUACAGAUUAUGUAAAAAAUAAAGUAAUCAUUGAUGUAAAAAAUUUUGCGGAGAAACGAUUGAAAAUCUAUUUUGAUACUCUUACUGAAAAUGGAAACAAUAAUACUGACGAAGCGUCGACGAAUAUAGCGAAAAGUUACAAUUAUCUAUUACGAUUUGCACAAUUAAUGAGUAGUGCCAAAACUCCAAGAAGUUUUCUCCAAAAUAUGGAAAAUACAUUUGAAUAUACAAUAUUCGAAGAAACUUUUAAAGAGACAUAUUUUUUGCCACAAAACAUUGAUGUUAUUCAAUUUCUCUAUAUGACAUCAGAUACAUUUAAUUCUGCUCUAGAAGAAUGGACAAAACCUUUAAAGAAUUUUAAAUUAGAAAAUCCGGAAAAAUUGGUGAAAUGGUAUCAAAAAGAAGAGGGAGGGUAUUUUUAUUCGAGAAAUUUUGAAACAAAUUGUAUAGUGAUACGGGAAGGGAGAAAAUUGCAAGUGAGAGGUAAAAUUAUCAGACUGAGUGAAAUUGACACUGAACAAUGUGGAAGAAAAACGAGAUUUAUAGAAAUAUUUGCAGUGGAAAAGGUUAUUGUAAACGAUAAUUUAGAUUUGAGUGGUAAGGAGAUACAAGUGGCAAUUAUUGCUCCAAUUUGGGAGGUGAUUGGGAGAACGGUAAUUAAAUUAAAUGGAAAAAAUGGUGAUAAUUUGAAAGAGGAUUAUGCAAGGAAUGGAAAUACAACUGGUAAUAAGAAUGGAGCCGAUGGAAGGGCUGGAUUACCAGGAGGACCUGCUGGAAGUUUUUAUGGAAUUGCAAAUAAAAUAAUCAAUGGACAUCAAUUAAAUAUAUUUGCAUUUGGAGGAGCAGGUGGAAAGGGUCAAGAUGGUGGUCAUGGAGCAAUGGGUAAAAAUGGAGAUACUUUACAAAAGGGAAAAUUUGACUGUACUAGCCGUACUGCAGAAGGGUUUAAAAUUGAACGCCUAAAAGAGUCAAUUGUGACUUAUGCUUUAACUGUUCAAAUUCACACUUAUGAACAGUAUCUUGUUUAUGGACAGAAAGGACAAAGCGGAGGUAGAGGUGGAAAUGGUGGUGCAUAUGGAUUAGGAGGUAAUGGAGGAAGUGUUAUUCUGUUCGAUUUAUCAAAGGAAGAUGGCGAAAGUUAUGUAAGAAUUAAUAAUGGUAAUGGCAAAAAUGGUGCUAAAGGACUUGGUGGAUAUGCUGGACUUGGAGGCAAAAAUGGAGAUAAAAAGAGAGCAAUAUGUGCUAUAUCUAUAUUGGGAAAUUCAAUGUACCAUUUUCUUGAUGAAUCAAAAGAUAAUAAUCGCGGUAAUUCUGGUAAAAACGGAGUUAAUGGAAUUAGUUUGAAAAUGCGUCAAGUGCCAAAAAUUGCUCCUAUUGUUCAAAGUAUUUCCCAAACAAUAAACGAAUAUAAAUUAUAUGUCAGGCCUGAAUUGACUAAAAACAAUGGCAGUAGUGAAUUACCUUCUUUCUACGAUUCACUGAAUAGUCGACAAGAAAUAACAAAUCUCUAUGACACCAAGAGUUUAGUUGACGAAUUUACUGGAUUGGAGCUUCAACGUUUUGGCUUACAAGAGCGUUAUCAUCUCAUUCCGUUAUAUAGAAAUUUGCAACAACGGAUUCAUAAUUAUUCAAUAAAGGCUAAUUAUGAAGUUGAGAAUAACAGAUUGUUUAAGGAUAUUAUCAUUGGAAUUGAGGAUCGAAUUAACGAUACACUUAGGAUUUUAAACAAAAAGGCAGGAUAUUCUGUAAUGACAAAACUACACAAAGGACUCAACUAUUUGUUAAAUGAAGUUAAAGAAUUGGAAAAACAGAAAAAAAUGGACUCUGACAUUGAAUCACUUAAUACUACUUUAAGUUCCUUGGACGAUCUAACUGAGGAAGCAAAAUUUUUAAUUGGAGAUGAUUUGAAAAACGCAAUGACAGACUUGGAAAAUACAUUAGAUGGGGAAAUAAAUUCUCUUCUUGAAGAGAUUUCAGAAUUACAGAAAGCAUCAAAAGAAAACGAAAAAGAACUAAUUGAAAAUCGACAGAAUCUACAAAAGAUAAUGGUAUUAAAAGGUUUAUUUGGAUUAAUGAAAAUUGGAUGUGUACUACUGGGAGCUGUUAAUCCGGCACUUGGUUUGGUAUCAACUGCAGCUAUUUCUUCUUUGUCGGUUCUAGAAUCGCAACUUACUCAAACUAAUUUCUCAGCACAGGUUGCAGAAGUACCUAAAGCGGUCAAAUUACUUUCAUUAGCCACCGAAACUUUUUUGAAAAAAGACGAACCAAAUGAAGAAGAACUCCUAGAAUUAAACAUUUCACAGAUGAUGAAAAAUGUGUCGAAUUCUGGAAAGAAUGUCAUUAAUGGCAUGCGAAAUAGAAUAAAAAAUAUAUUUAAAAAAUCUGAUUCAGAACCACGGUUAAUAAGUUACAAAUCUUACGAUCGACAGGGAAUUUACAUAGCGGAAGAAAAUGUUAUAUUGAAUAAUUUGGAUCAAGCUACAAAGGAAAAUGACAUGACAAAAGUUAAUGACUGUAAAAUUAGUUUAAAUGUUUUAAAAUAUUUAAAAGUAAAUGCAGAAGUAUUACAAACUACGUCUGACACUGUUUCAAGCAUUAUGAAAGAUGUCGAUAAAGUUGCAGAAAUUGACAAAGCUUUAAAAGAAUCUAGUGAAAAUUUAAAAAAAUUGUACAUAAUCGAAGAAAAAAUUUACGCUGAUACUGAACCAAUGUUAAAAAAAGUGACAGACUUUGUAGAUCAAGCAUAUAAUAACAUAAACGAAAUAAAUGAAAAUCAAAUUAUCAUUGCCGAAUGGAAUGUUGCUAAUACUAUCGAAAAUGUACAACGCACCUUAAAUAAAACAUUCGAUGGUUUUCAAGUUCCCGAAGAAAUGAAUUGGACUCUUCAAAAAAUUCUAGUCACCUUUCAAAAAGUAUGCCAAAUGCAUAACAAUAUUUUGUCUUACCAAAGAAGAAAAUCUGAAAUAAAAUAUACGGCUAUGCUGCAAUUAUCCAAGUACAGUAAAAUAUUAGCCAAAGAUCAUCACUUGACGGGAGCAUUAAUAAAACUAGAAACGGCCAUUUGGUACAACAAAAUAAAUGAAAUUUAUAAAAAUUGGAGAUUUGCCUUUAAGCAAUUUUCUUUUCCAAAUGGUGGCGAUAUUUUAAAGACAAUAGGAUGGAAAAACUCAAUACAAAAUGAUAUUCACAGUGAGAUAGACGCUAUAAUAAGUAAUGUCGCAAAGUUUAAGUCUUUCUUUAAUGAGGAUAAAGAUUUUAACGAAAUUCUACAACACAGAGCACAAAGACCCUAUAGAGGUAGUUGUAGUUCAUAUCAAAGGUCAUUUUUUGUUUGGAGUAGAGAAAAUAGUUUAUCGGCAAUUAAUAACAUUCUAAAUGGUAAAGAAGAAACAAUAGUUGCACAUUCACCAACGAGCAGUGUCAAUGCUUUGAAAUUCAAUAAAAUUGGAAUACUUUUUACUUCAACGAAUCCUGAAAUACAAAGAAAAUUGUUUGAGAUAUUGAAAACUGUUCGAGUGAAUUUAACACAUCAUGGUGAUUCUCAUUAUCGAUUUAAUAACAAGACCUUUGAAAUUAAAACAAAUCAAACUGUUAUGACUUUUAACUAUCCAGAGACAUGUGGUGAAAUUUCGAGUUAUCCAUCCCUAAUGUAUGAGAAAAUUGCAAAUGGUGAUUAUAUGUUAAGUCCCUUUGCCACGUGGACAAUAAAAUUGUAUGUUGAUAAAAAUAAGAUUUUUCCAAAAUUAGAAGAAUUUUUGGGGCAAGUGGAUUUAGAAUUAAUUGGAGAAGGUUUAGUCUUUGAAAACAAUGAAUGUAACAAAGAAUGUGAAGCUACUAUGAGAGAUAAUUAUAAAUAUGCGUACGAUAUCUAUUAUUAAAUAUGCUAAAUAUUUUAAAAAUAUUUCUUAAUAAAUAAAUUGUAUAAAAAAGUUUUUAAAAUAUGUUGAGGUUCGCUUAGAAUAUGGAAUAAUAUUGUUAUGUUUAUGACAAUUUGUACAUUAUAAUAAUUAUGAAAUCUACCUUAUUAUAUAUAUAUAUAUAUAUAUAUAUAUACAUAAGUGUCAGCAGUAUCUCCAGUUACAAAAAAUCAUUCAUAAGUGCUAUAUAUAUAUAAAUAUAUAAAUAUAUAAAUACAAGUGUUCAGCAAAUAAAAAAAAGUCAAAUAAGUUAGUGAGAUACAGAAAAUACGGUCCAGAGUUCCAGUGAAAAUUCUGUCAUAAAUUUUUACGAGCGACCUUUAACAUCUGACAUAGAAGAUCUUAUCUUACGUUGAGGGGUCCAGCUGUCGAAACCCAAAUCUUAUAGGAAGGAAUAUUUGAUAAUUGUUUCUCAACCAUUAAAUAAUUAAAAGCAUUAUAUUUUCUUUUAAAUAAACUUUUAUAUUUUGUUUAUUAAUAAAUAAUUUUAUUAAAUAAAUAA